AUGGGUGAUCUUCAUGUAGUUGAAGGAAUCACGAAGCUCAACAACAAAAAUUACAACACAUGGGCUACAUGUAUGGAGUCUUAUCUGCAAGGUCAAGAUCUUUGGGAUGUCGUCGGGGGCAACGAUGUUACACAACCACGAGAAGACAACAAUGACACUUUGCGUAAGUGGAAGAUCAAAGCAGGUAAAGCCAUGUUUGCCCUAAAGACAAUAAUUUAA